GACACAUCGGGACUCGAGCAGAAAGCGGCAUGCUCCCUUCAGAAAGUGGCAAAGCACUCACCGACUCGACAAAUCUCAAAUAAAAGUUUGUAUUCUAACCCAAAUACACAGCUUUGAAAGCAAUGACUAUGGCAUUUAACAUUCUGGAAGCAUAACAGCCCACAUGGAACACAAAGAACUUAUACAAGGCAAGUUUUAACUGUGAAACACCGAAGCUAAUCUUCUACAGGUAGUUUCAGCACCUCCAUAGUUUAAGAUUGAUCCGUGCUGGAAUAUUCGUUUAUUUCAAUUGCGUUUCAUUCUUACCCAGCGAGGGGUCUCCCGGCUUAUAGACAAGUAAUGAACUGAGUGUAAACUCGAAUAUAGAAUCUGCUCAACCAAGAAAGACUUUAGUAUAUUAAUUUAUCAACAACACUAAUAAAUAUUUAUGUUAUCUCUUUUAUGCCAUUUAAAUCCCAUAUUGCUUUGUCAGUAAUACAUUUCAUUGUGCCAGCAUGUCGUGAGGAGUAUUGAUGUAUGUACAACCCGGCCACACAUUCCCAACUACACGUAAUUUAUUUUUGAUACCGGUAAACCUAAAACUAGGUAUUGGUAUAACCCAUAACCUGACUAUAACCCUACAGCUAGUGUUUAUUUAUUGUAUGCAAGCUAUUCCAGGCUGUGUUCAGCGCAUCUCGCAAUAUUCUAUCAUGCAGUGUUCGGUGAACGUGGCAAAUUAUAAGACUAUAAUUCAAUCUCUUUAACAAUACCGUAUGCAACAGAAAAUAACUUUAAACUGUAUUUAAGCUCACAGACAACGCUAUAAUACAAACACCUAUAUCUGAGCAAUAUAUACAUAAAUAGAUUGAAACAUAUGGCGAAACAACCAUAUCUGCCAGAACAAAGCCAAAAAAUAUAAAACUCAAACUGUGUAUCUCAUUAAAACCAUACCUUGACUAGUUUUACCCAAUUUCUCCACCAAAAAUACUCCUCUGGGCAAAUCGUGUCCACCAACAAUAGGCUUAGCGAAACCCGGCUUAUUCUCGUGAAAAACGCUGUUUAAUUGCCUUCAAUUCGCUUCAAGGUACAUCGUGUGUUAUCCCUGAUAAGCAUGAAUGAUUUUGGAUUGCUUUUGAAAGCAAUUUAUAUCAAAUGUUUUAACUGAGAGGUGUUGAUUAUUCCUCAUUGUGGGGAAUCCACAAGCGAAUAUAUUUAAUGAUGCUAAUUAGCAUUUCUCCCGCUGGGUUUGUCCGCCAUUUUGGGUGACAGUCCGUCUCUGCCAAGUCAGAGAGCGUGCGCAACGCGAAAUGCGACUUUCUCUAACCGUAGUUGGGUAUAAUUCUAUAUGAUGGUAAAUUUACAAUUACAAUUAUUCACGGUGUUUUAUAGAUUAUCUACAUUCCGGCUCUUUUUGGGGUACUGUCUUCUCAUGAUAAUUUCUCUGACCUAGGAAAGGCCUAGGGAAACACUGACCUUAAAAAGGUGGAUAUUGGCCCACGUGAAAAUGGCUAAUUAGUGUUGCUAUAAAUGCAGGUUGGCUAUCGUGCAGCAGACGAUGUUUAACCUGCAGUUAUCAGAGUUAAGAAAUAAUGUCAAUAUAUGUAGUAGUUCUGUAUUGGGCGGCAAAUAAACAUAAUUAAGAGAAUCUUGUUAAUAUUUCUGAAUCAUGCAGUAUUUUCCAGCCAUAAAAACCGUAAAGCCUGAUUGGCUGCAUUCAGAAUUAUUUACCUCAUUCUUAUUGGCUAAAACGCCAUAAACUUUUGAAAAAAUAAUGUAGGCGGAAGUGGAUGGGCGGAAGUGCGCGACAUAUUGAUUUUAUUUCGAAGUCGAAAGUAUUUGUAUUUGUAAAUAUUUAUAUAACUUCUUGAUCUUUUGCUCGUUGGAAUGAGUUAAAAACAGAUGAAUUUCGAAGGAUAUUUCGACGAGCGUUUUAACUCGACAGUACCAGAAGAUCUGCAUUGCCCUAUUUGUCGAAAUGUGUUAAAAGAGCCAAAACAAUGUAAAGAAAACGAGCACCAUUUUUGUGAGCAGUGCAUUCUUGGCCAUUUAAACCUAUCUCGUACGUGCCCAUUGUGUCAGGACUAUCUCACGACCAAAAAUAUAAAGAAACCAUCGCGAUUUAUACGAAAUAGCUUGGAUAAUUUGGAAAUUUCGUGCGAGAAUCCAGGGUGCAAUGCCAUUGUACGUUUGGGAGAGCUCAAGAGUCACAUAGCAAAAUGUGAUCAUUCUUUGGUCACGUGUACAAAUGAUGGAUGUCACAUGCAAGUGAAAAGACAAGAGAAGAAGUACCAUGAAGAAGUGAAGUGUAAAUUCCGGGUCCUCCAGUGUCCAGAUUGUAACCGGCUGGCUGGCCAGGUGUUCCGGUAUCGGCUAAUGAUGUUCAGCGUGUUGGUUGUGUUUUUGGGAUAUUGUUUUGAAUGUUUUAUGAGUGUAGUCUGACUGUUGAUUGUGAUAUUGUCCUUGUACUGCUUGGCACACAUGUGCUCUAGGUGGUAUUGAUUUAAGCUUUAAACGACCAUGUCAUAGUGGUAGAUGUUAUAGACUGUCAAAUACAUAUAUCUGUAAUAUUAGACCCUAAUGAGUAAAUAUUAUUUUGCAUACAACACAAAUUAUCAAACAUGUAUUGCAGGUCACAACAGCUGCUAUAGAAGUAAACAGAACAUUUUAUUACAAGUCAACAAGAUGUGUUCACAGUGCUUGUUCCCAGUUGUUGACAAGUCUGGAACAAAUUGUUAUCAUCUUGUAACAAGGUUGAUGUGGCCAGCAGACGUACAGCAAGUUGUUCCAACAAGUCUGAUAUCGUCUGCACGUAACAAACUAUUAACAAGUUGAUGACAAGCUUGUAGCGACUUGUUACAAACAGCCUGUAUUGUGUGGUCUUGUUGGAACAACAUGCCGGCAUCAACUUUGUAACAAGAUGAUAACAACUUGUUCCAGACUUGUCACAACAACUGUGAACAAACAGCGUGAACACAUUCUGAUAUCUGCUUGACAAUAACCUUCAUGUUGCAACUUGUUUGCAGAUCCGUAACAACUUUUAUGUGUGUACAGUUGGGUAAUCCAGUCAAUAGAAACUUUCUCAAUGUUUGUAAAAUUAAUAUGCUCAUUGAAAGAUAAUUAUAUCUAUUAUGUAAGUACAUGUAACAAUAUCAUUUGCUCUUCUCUAUAAUCUUUCUUAAAGGGUGGACCAUUAGAAAAGUGGCCAGGGGGGGGAGGGGAGUUGGAGUUUGGGACUUUAACUUGUAUGAAUAUUUGGAAAUUUUUUUCUUUGUGUCAAUAAUUUUUUUAAAUAUAAUCCCCUGCACGAAUUUUUUUAUUUCAACUUAUAAUUUUCCUAUAGUAUAGUCUCUGCACGAAUUUUUUUUCAAACUUUCUUGGUGUACAAAGAUUUUUGUUUGCUUCCCCCCCCCCCCUUAUCACUUUUCUAAUGGUUCGCCCCUAAAAAUACUUAUGUAUAUUAACACUCAUACUGAACAUACUGCAGUUCACUUGAUCUCCUCUCACAAAAUUGUUCCCCUUCACAAUUUUCGUCUUAUUUUGUCAUAUAAUCGCAUUUCAAGUGUGAGGUGGUUUUGAAACGGUUAACUAACUUCCCAUAUGAGUGGGUUAUCCCUCCUCUCUCUCCCCGUUGGGGGGAGGGGGGGGGGGGUGGAGUAUGUGAUUUAUGAUUUUAUGUUACACGGUGACGCAAGGUUUUUGACCAGGAUUGUAGUCACACGCUGAGGUACUGAACUGAUUCAAACCUUAACUUAAAUAGCUCGUUACUAUAAAUAUUCACGUCGAAAUAGGCAAUACUUUGAUCUCAUCCCUCGAUGACAAACACGUUAAACAACCUGUUUUUCAUCAAUUCCACUGAAACAAGUGUAUAUUGAGUAAUACAUGUUUUUCUUUUCAGAGUUAAGAGUUGUUGUUUGAAAUAUGGAAAGAAGUGAAAGGCUAGUAUUAUGUUAGAAUGGUGAUUACAGAUGCAAACAAGGUAUGUACGUUUAAACUCGUUAAUACACAAAGAAAAUCAACGCCGUAUCAUUGAGUUGAUCCACGGUAAUAAACGUCGUCAAUUAGUUCGACUCUUGCAGUUCUCUUUUUCAAUUUCAAUUUUCCUGUCAAAACUGUUUCAAAUGCUAUGACCAUACACUUAAAACAGUCUUUUAUAAUCAUUUUAAAACAUCUAAAAAUAUGUUAAAAAUACUCGUCUUUAAGUCGUUUUUUGUAGUGCAUAUGAUAUUUUUCCUCAGUAAAACCUUUUUUGGAAAGUGAUUCUAUUAUUAGCCAUUUUAACAAAAAUAUCCGGUAUAAAGGAAGCUUAAUAGUUUAACUCCAUAGCGACUGGAAAUGAACUAAAAUAUCCAAAACACAAUUUAAAAAUAACCUAAGAUAUAAUACAACUGCAUGCUGUGUUCCCAUCUCAACAAUUGAAACAGACAAUCAAUCUUAAAUUAACUUUAAUUAUUCCCUCCUUUAUGUUUAUCCAAUAAAUUAACAGUUGUCAUAUAGAAAACUAUUAUUCAUCUGACAGAUCAUCACUCUUAGCUAGUGUGUAAAGACAAACUAUCCAGACAAACUCCGUGGCUAAAAUAGCGUGAUCUAUACUGGUAAUCGGCAGGUUCUGGGAAUAUAAAUCGUGUCUAAUAUCCCCCUGAUAUUUCAUCUAAUAUCGUAUUUAUACACAGAGAUCAUCAGUCAUGACAAAGUCAUUCAAAGACAAAAUACUCAGACAUUUCAUCUAGUUGACCGAUGGUAUUUGUCCAAGUUCGUCAAGUCACGGAUCGUGUGUAAAAUCGCCAUGGUCGUGCUAUUAUACACAGCAUAGAUCUCAGACUAAAAUUAACUGUCCAUAGAAACAAGAAAUAUUUCAUAGCCUACAAUAUACAUAUAGAUAAGAAAGUUGACAAAACACUCAAUAUCAAAAUUCUAAAAAAGCUUCUACUUCAAAGUUGAUUUUAAGAAAUUCAAGAUAAGCUGUCCAUAUUGAGAAGAACUUCGUACCCUGUUGGGAAUUAAUUGGACUGCUUUUAAUAAUAUUCAAAGCUUUUAAAUGAUAGUACAAAUAUUUGGCAGCUAAGCAAGGAUAUUCGAAGCAGAGAGGCACAAUAGUUUCAAAGUGGUUUGCACAAGAGUUUACGUCAUAGGGUAGGAGCGUCAGGACAUGCUGAUGAUUUAGGAAGGAAAUUAUAACCAUUUCACACUUGACGGCAAAAUAACCAAGUGGUCACCUCUUACUGAUAAAGUGCGAGUCACCACAAUUCAACGCCAUUCAAGAAAACGAAAUGAUGCUUCUGAAUUGAAGGAUGAACAGUUUUAUUUAGACCUUGUGGUUUAAAAUAGUGUAUCUUGAAAAGGAAAGUUUAUUUACUUAACCGUGGUCAAGUAGUCCGCGCUGUAGUUUUUAAAUCUCAAUAUCUCAGGUUUAAAUAUGAUUUGAAUUUGUGCUUUCCUCGGUAAAACGUAGGCUACUGAAUAUAGAGGGUGAAAUGAGGCUUGAAACAACUUUAAGUUGACGAAAUAGAGCUUUGAAUAGUAUGUGAUAUAUCAGUAUACAGAGAGAGUGUUGUAUCGUAUCCAGCAGACAGGUGUCAACAAAAGCAAAGGUCGCAACGUUGAUCUUUAGCUUGUCAGACCGCAGAUUGUCUGGCGUGCAUUCAACCUUCAUUAAGGAGUAUUGGCGCUUCAAUCUCAUUGGCUGAGACAACCGUUUCAUCUUGAAGUAACCAAUCAAAAGGCAGGUAAUUUAAUUGCGCUAUCUUUACGCAUUUAAUGAGCAAAGUUUCCUCAUUAGUUAUUCUGGCUUGAUAGAAUUUGUACACAGAAGCCUGCGUCUAAGUAAAAACUGUGAAAAUACGAGCGAUCGUGGCUUCUGUAAGCAAGAUGCCUUUCUACUUCGCUUUUCAAAACAGACGGGGAAAAGUUAAGAGGAAUUUAACGUUUGGGAACAAAACGAAGAAGAAAUCUCGUAAAAGCGGCGGAUUUGACAAUGCGGACCCUCGGUGGUUGGGAUUCGGUGUUAAUGAAUUAGCAGCUUAUGAAAAUUCAGCAUUUAGCGUUGCCAGACGGCUUUCGUUAGAAGGCUCGUUAAUAAACGCAUCUCGUGGCAUAACUCCACUCAGUCCAGACUUAGAAGUCGUCCCUGGCUCACCAACAAGCGGCCCGCCGAAGCCGCCUAGAUUGAUGGAGAAGAAACUAUUCACAUGUGAAAACCCGGAGUGUCAACGCACUGAGGAACUACUAGGGAUGAUUGCUAUAAACUUUAAAGCAUGCCCAGCUUGUUUUACUCACUAUUGCUCCACGAAAUGCAGGGUCGCUCACUGGCCUGUUCAUAAAAUGAUCUGUCAUUAUGGACGUAUGAAAAGUUACAUGAAAACGAUUGCGGAGCUCUGUCAGUGCAAUGAAGACGUCCAGAGCCAGUUAUCCACUCUGUCCUCGGCAGGGUUUUAUACGAAAGGCCGUGGAUGCGUUAUGCUUAUUUUUGCAAGUGCGAACGAUGCCAGGUUGUUUAUUGAUGAAAAAAUUGGUCAGAAACCUACAUACUCGUCACUGGAGCAAGUAGAGACACUAGGAGUACGGACUGAGCAUCAGAAAAAUUUACUGCGUUUAAUUAAUCAUUACAGACCAGAUUGUGAGUUUGUGUUAAACGUCGCGAUAGUAGCACAACGGAAUAUGCCGCCUUCACCAGCAGUACCUCGAAAUAAAGACCCUUCAUUGAUUGAGCAGUUUGUUAUUCCACUCAAUGGACAAAAGGAAAGCAGUUUGAGUAAGGCUUAUCGAAGACUGACUUUGUAAUUUAUAGCAUAAUUUGUACAGUACAACAUGGCUAACACAGUGACGUAUAUUAUUAUGCCCAAUUUGUGCGGUAUUUAUACGGUAUAUAUAUACGGUUUAUCUAUAGAACGAGUUUGAGCAGCUUGUCCCACCCUGACUGUGUAAAUGUAUAGCAGAAGUUUUAACUAUUAGAUUUCAGUGAUGUGGCACAUACUAGACUAAUUUGCGCCAUAGGAGUUUUGCAUUUUGAUAAAGGUUUGCGAAGCCAAAGGUCGCCAAUUUCUUCUCACUAUGACGUUGCCCCAUAAACGGUGUGUAAUAUUUGUUAAAAUAAUAUUUCUAAUAUAAAGAUAUAGUAUCUCAGUAAUUUGUAACCUAGAGUAUGUUUGACAUAUUUAUAAGGAAGUCUACAUAGUAAAACAUGGAUACUUGUAUAUAGUCAUAUUAAAUAAUUGUAUGUCAUAUAAUUGUAGUGUAUGUAUAGUGUGUUUUUGAGCUACAUUUAGAAGCGCGUCAAGGAAAAGAACUCUUUCAAGCGGCAGUGUUUCCUUUCCAAACUUAUUGUAACGUAUUUCUUUGUUUGCUGGCCAAUGGAGCAGAACUAGUAAAAUACUUGGCAAAAGAAAACCUUACGAUGCACGAACUGGGAUGUGUAGUUUCAUAUUAUUCUAAUGAAACUAGUUUUUCGUAUCUCUGAGGAUGAUGCUGAAAUGGGAGGUGUAGGUUAAGAUUGGUUUGCAGAUUUUCCCGAUCUGCCGUUAUCAGAGUGAGAAAAUUAUUUUUAUUAUACUUCACGUGUAGUCGAUCCAUGUUUGGAUGCCAGUAGAAUUGAAAUUUAGUUUAAUUUUGAUCAAUAUUUCUCAAGCACGACCUACUGCCCUAAUCAUACACUUAUUGAAACAAAUCAAAUAAAAACAAUUGCUAUUUUUGAGGUCCAAAGACGAUCCAAAUUGUUUCAACAUUUUCCUGCAAUAAUUUUGUAAGUUGUUUUCGUACGAGGAAUUGUUUUGUUGUUCAGACACGGAUAUUGAACUCGGAUUCUCCGGAUUUUUCCCCGUCUGUCCGGCUUAAUAUGUCAGAGCAGCAGAUGUUGACGAUAUAGCCUGAUAAAUUGGAUUCCAUGCCGUUAAUUUUUAAUUGGAAGAAAGACAUAAAUAGCAUUGAAAUUAAGGCACAUCUUAGGAUCGUUCAUACUGGCGACUUGAUAUACGACACUAACAGGCAUGCAAAACCACUGACUCGAAAACAGUGACAGGCUGACAGCAAUCUUUUGGUAAUAUUGAAGUUUCAUCGUAUAUCAGAUGGUGCUGCACUUCAGUAGGAAACUACAUCUCGCAAUACUAUUUAUACUGACCACCAAAUACAAGAUUAUUCCAUCUAAUGAAAAGAAUGAAGAUUUUCUCAUUCUCAUAACUGCAGGUUGAUCACCAUCUGCUGCACGAUAGUGCUAAAUUUCGAUCAUGAAUGAUGAAUGAGAAAAGGUUUUAGGUUACAAUUCACAUAAUUUGUUUUCAUUAGUUCCUACUUGCACGACCUGCAUACGUCAAACAUUAGUCAAGCAUAGCAUUUUUCUCAUUUUCCCACAUUAAAAAUGCACACAAUGUUGUCCCAUGUAUAUAAUAUAGCAUUGCCAUUUGUGAGAUUAUAUACUUCCAGUUUGACUCAGUACCAAACAUCGCGGGUUUUCUCCUAGUAUUCUGUUUCCUGCUGUAGUAACAGCAGAAGAGUUAGAGCUGGGAAAGCUAACCAGCAUAAAGUUUAAUUUGUUUUAAUUCUGUAACCUAGAUAAGAGGUUUUUCUAACAAGACAAAUUGCGCAUGUGGGGGUCUGAAUUUGCAAGACGGACCAAUACAAGGUACCUGUUCUAUAUCACUAUUCCUGUUUUACGCGCUUCAAAGGAAAAAUAUAAUUGAAUGCUUCGAACACAAUGUUUGAUAAUAAAUUCAAUGUAUUUAGUGCAUGUUAUUCCAUCUAUUUCCACAUUUGUGCGUGUAGCAAUAAUUAAAGUUGUAUAUAUUAUAAUUUGAAUAUACGUAAAUUAAUACAUAUUAUAUAUUAGGUGCUAAUUGAAACGCAUCAAUUCUUAAAAUCUCUAUAUACAGGUACAAUUUGUUAUUAAAACGUCAAUGCAUACAUUUUUUUCGGAUAUUGAUUGACCAGCAAUGUUUUUGUGUCUAGCAUUAUUGCCACUAUACUAAAACGGGUUGUGAGAAUUUUUACAAUUUUACCGUAGUUACUAAAGUUUCCCCAGUCCCUUCUAACAGUGUUCUGCAUUUAACCCCAGUCCCCUCUAACAGUACUCGGCCUUUAGGCUCAGUGCCCUCUAACAGUACACUGCAUUUAGCCCCAGUCCCCUCUAACAGUACUCUGCAUUUAGCGGGUAAGUUUGCUCGGGUGCUAGAACACACUUAUAGUUUAUUCCACCCCGCUGUCCGUAUACAGUCAUGGGCUCAAACGAAAUAUUAUGCUCGACAUACAGACACAGUUUUCUGUAGCAUUCUGGGUAAUCUUCCUUCAGCUUGAUAUUAUACUGUCGAAGAUUUUUCGACAAAUUGCGACAAUAAUGUCGCCUCGCUUCCAUCUCGUUCACAAAUUCGUGUCUAGAGCACUUGGGUAGCGCGAACAGACGCGUCUCCACUUUGUCAUAGUCUUUCGGUUGUCUUGCAACAAUCAGAUCGUUCAAAGGCAUCUUGAUACAAUGCAGGACGGUGUUUAGUUUGUAACGCGGUGCUGGUGUGAUUGGAAUAUUGUUCGUAGCUACAACGGCGAUAUUGAACACGAAUUCCUGAUUCGGCUCAUAGUCUCGCACUGCUUGCAUAAGUGCAACGCGGUGUUUUGAAAUAAUUCCUUCACGGUGAAGUUCUGCUAGUGAACUGUAAGUAGGUUUGCGGCCCGAGAACGCGUCAUGACCUUUCGUUAUAAACUCUCUAGCCAACUCUGGGCUGUUGAAUAUUGCCAUAACAACGCCACGGCCUUUCUUUUUGUAACCAUCUCUUGCGAGUUGGGAUAAAUACAUACUGAGAUCUUCCCGUCGUUGGCACAAGCGGAUUAUACUUCGUACAUAAGUAUUCACUCGUCCAAAGUAGCAACUCUGUUUAUGCGAAGGCCAGUGAAGCUUUCUGCAUUCGCUACUGCAGUAGAACGUAAAACAGGCUGGACAGGACCUAAAACUGGUUUUCUCCGGUCCUAGGAGUAUGUCUUGUUUCCUACACAUCGGAUUCUCGCACGUGUAGACUUCCGGUUCAUAUGUUCCCGUCGGGGGUGGCAUCGGAUCAAAAUCACAGUUAAAUGAAAACACGCUUGACGUGUCGCUAUAUACACUGCUUGGUGAAUGACAACGCUCAAACGGUUGGAAACCAUCUCGGCCUUCUAUGUCUUCAAAUGGAUUAAAUUCCACAGUCUUGGGGGACGUGUGAUCAUCGAGGUUUCCUUCUUGUAGGAAACUUGUUGGGCUGAGGUUUCUUUCCAAAGCAUUCGUGUAGCGAGGGUUAUAUGUUUUGGUAUCUGUUCGUCUUUGGUCAAAUGUGGUAGCUCUCGCUUGGUAGACAUUUGGUGGGCUAGGGUUUUUUUCUAAAGCAUUGCUGUAACGUGGAUUGGGAAUUCGAUCUUCUUGCUCUCUUUGAUCGUAUGUUGCAACUCUAGCUUGGGGAAGAUUAAGUGAACUAGAGUUUCUUUCUACAAUGUUUUGACUCGCUACUCUUUCUUUAUUCUGUCCCAUGUUCGCCUCUGGCUCUAUUGGUCUUGGAUCAAAUAUAGUAGUUUUAGCUUGAUAAACAUGAGAUGGGCUCGAGUUCACAACGGUUUCAUUCUGUCUUCUUACCGUUUCAUCACUUUGUCCUACGUUUCCAAAUCGUGAGAACAACUUUUGGUUUCGUAAAGAGUUCUGACUUCCUUUCUCUUUCCCAAAACCAUCGACACCUCUACCAUCUUUGCUGGUAUCACUUGAAUACUGAGAUCCCUCAUCAACACCAAACAACUCGCUCAUACUUCGUCUAGCGUCUUUCAUCUGUCUUCGUGGGCUGUCGGGUUCCGAAGAUGAAGCGGAGUCGACCCGAUGUACUAGUGGUCGAUGGAAUUUCUUCGCCUUGAUACGAGGUGAGGGGACAUUAUAGGACAUCUCGGAAUCAGCAUCACUGCUACACUCGUAAUCACUAAUGAUCCCACCUUUCACAGUAACCAGUCUACCGUCUUGCCGGGACGGUCCUUUACUACUCGAUCCUCGCUGGUGGGACUUCCUGGUUUUCUGACCAUCAGUCCGGUUGGUAGGUACAACCUGACCAUCAAUCUGGUUGGUAACUGAGAUGUGACCAUCAGUCUGGUCACUGGGUACUCCUGGUUUUUGUGCUAGUUUCCCUUCGUCCGACAUACGAAACUUUUCAGAAAGUUUUAUCCCAUGUCGAGGGCUGCUGGACGGACUCGAUGAAGGGCUAUCGAUAUAUCGAGCUUGUGUAGUGACAUGUCUAGCUGAAUUAGGGCUUUCUACAUACUUUGCAAUGCGUCUAGGUGAAUUAGAGUUAUCGGCAUAUCGCGCUUGGGUAGUUGUAUUUCUGGUGUUAGUUUGUUUUGAUGUGGAUUGUGUGGCGAUCAAUCCAGAUUUUAUAACGUAUUUUCCAUGUUCAGGAACAGGCUUUGGUACGGUGCUAUAAGAAUGUGAAUUUCCUGGUGUAUAUCUAAAUGCCACAGAGUCUGUUUUCGUUGAUGACUGAGAGACGGCCUCAAAAGUACCAGGAGUUGGGGAUGGAAUUUCCUGAUUCCCUGAUGCCCGAGAUACAGCCUCAGAAGUACUGGAAGUUAGUGGUGGACUGUUUUGAAUAUUUUUAUAUUCAACCUUUGAUUUAGUGCCACUGCUCAUAAUUGUUCUUGAACGAAUUGUACUUGACGUUUGAUGGAGUUUUUCAAUUGAAGAGGUGACUUGUGUUUCAAGGGGCAGUACAGAAAUAACAUCUUCAUUAGAUUUUUCAAUGUCCGAUUUUAAUUUCGAGACACUACCAAUACGUGUACUUGAAUAAGCCGUAGCAGAUGUCUUAGAAUAUGUUGUUGUGGAAGACGUACUUUGUCUUGAUACAGUUCUUUGAUUCUGUACUUCAAACCUUGAACUAUUAGUCAUACUAGUUGUACUUGCAUGAACAGUACUAAAACUGUGGUUCUUUACGUCAGUUAAUGAGGGCUUUUGUGUAGAAGAGUUUGGUAAUGUAGGAUCCUGAGAUUCCGAGGUUGACUUCAAACUAUUACUUGUGCGGGAAAUUGGGCCAGAUGUUUCAUAGGAUAAGUUAUCCGGCACGGAAUAAACCAUCGAAGCAUCUUGAAACUUUGUAGCAUCUACGUGUAUAUUUGUGUUACUUUGUGAACCUUGAUUCGGUCCGUCAUUCGUUGACUCGCCCUUCAUGUCAUUUUCUUCAAAUGGUGGUGGCGGUGGUGAUAGCGAAUUUUCAAAUAAAUCCCCAAAUUCAAAUUCUAAUUGCUUCAAGUUCGUUUUUUCUGCAAUCCAACGUUCUUGAGCAAUUUCUUUGUUAAGAUCAGGAGGUGGGCUAGCUACAGGACUGCUGAACUCAUCAGAUAAAUUCCUACUCUUUCGCUUCAUUUUUCCAGAAAUUGGAAAGUCUCCUUCGUAGAUAAAGGAAUCUUCAUCCACGUUUUCAGAAUCGGAUUGCAUUUCUAGGAAUUUCACAUGAACGAUCUUAAUCCUUGUAACUUUUUUAGAACCUGGUUUAGAAUUGAUUUCAGGAGUAGAUAAAGACAGCUUCUUCUUUUGAAGUGUUUCGGUGGGGUUUUCUACGGUUUCUCUCAGGAAUUCCUCGCGACAACUGUCUAAAAUAUCAGGCACAGAUUUGGAAAGGCCACCAGUCAUGUUGUCUUGAUCAUCAUUUGAAAGACAGUCUAAGCCUCCAAAGGACGCUAAUGCCUCAUCGAGAUCUGUCACAGAUUUUGAUUUUUGGUAGUUCUCAUCAGGAAGAAUAUCUAUAUCAAUUUCAUCAAUGUCACUAAAACUGUCCACAUCAGUUUCACCACGAGGCAACUUUUGCCAUGAUUCAGGGUGACUCUCUUUUGGCUCGGGAACAGGACUAGAUGAGGAAGGUGAUUUAUCCAAGCUCACUAUGUUUUCUUGCACCUCAAGAGGACUUUGGUUUGUUACUGGAUCGGUGCUAGCGUUUGUAAAUAUUUCGUCAAAGCCAAGUGUGUCUUCUUUUAUCUCUUGAGCGUUCCCGUUUGUCAGUGGUUCAGGGCUAGAUGACGAAGGCAUCUUAUCAUUGUUAAGAAUGUUUUCUUGCAGCUCAGAGGAACUCUCGUUUGUCACUGGACUAGAUAUUAACAAUGUGGCAUCAAAACUAGUUUCCAUAAAGCUUUGGCUUUCGCUGUUUGGUUGUUGCGAAAUAGGUACAGAGUUAGUAAGAUCAAUGUCUGAGUUUUCUAAAGUAGAAGUCUUGUCGUCUUCUGUGAUGUGAUUGGGAGGUACAAUCUUGGUGUGAGAUGGUUUGGUAGUUUCUAUAAUUGGCUGAGGAUCGGGCUCACUGUCUUGAUUAGUAUAAGUCACCGUAGUACCCACAAUGUCACGUGAUUCAUUUGCAUAGACUACCGUAGUACUUCCCUUGUCUCUGCUGCUUUUGUCUAAACCACUGCUACCAUUCGCUUGUUUUAAAUUGUUACCAUCUCCGCAAUAUGUUACUGCAGUUGAAUCACUUACUUGACUAGCAUAAACUACCGUAGUACCAUAAUCAUCCACAGGUCUUGCAUGAAUUGCUUCAACCGUCUCACAAACUACAUAGUUUUCACCAUCAGACGCAUUUACUUCAGUGACUUGAUUUGCAUAAAUCACGAUCUCUUCCGGGUCCUCAGCUAUAUCUCCUGGAUUCUUCACCUCUGCAUCUGAUCCUAACUCCAACAUAUUUGGCAGUUCGUUUGAACUGAUACUCUUAUCUGAAGCUGGUUUCAGUUCACCAUUACCAUCGCUUGCAAAUUCCAUUGAAUUCGUGUUAGUAGGAACAUUUUCGACAAAAUUUACACUAUCAGAAUUUAUGUAAGGUUCAUCAGAUAGGUUAGGUUGUUCCGUUUCAACAAUGAAAGCUGGAACGGGAGCUUGUUCAGAUAUCUCAGGAUCAUCAACUAUACAGUGUACAUCAGUUUUAAGAUCAGAUGGUAUAGCUUCUUCAUUUUCAACAGUAAUAGUUGAAACAAUAGCCUGCUCAGAGAUCUGACCAUUGUCAACGAAUUCGGGGUCCUUUGGCAAAGCACCGUCUUCAUUAUAAUUAAUGGAAGUGGAACUCUCUACCGAUUGACUUUCUGCCUUAACUACAUCAUCAGACGAUUGUUUAUAGUUCUUUGGAAUCACAGGUGUUUCAUGAAUAUCACUGUUCAAAUACGCAUUGCCAUUCUCCGUUUGUUUCAAAGUGUUUGGUCUUCUAGCUUGUUCAAAUUUCUUUACUAUCGAAUGAACCUUUGUAUGGGUUAUAUCUGUCACUGUCUGGACAGUGUUUACUGAACUGGUUUGGGUUUUGAAACCACUAUUUGCAACGCCUGAAUAUACUAGACCGUUUUCCAUAUUUUGGACAUUAGUGUUUGUAUAAGUUGUACAGUUUUGUUCAGGAGGUGAGUGAAGAUUUUUAAAUGUUACGGAAUUAAUUUCUGCUUCUGUUAAAUUUGCUGCACAGUUUGUUUUACUGGUGAUUGUUUCUGAAAUCGUCAAAACAGUUUGUUCUGUGGUUUUACCUGAACUGGACAGAUCAAGGUUCGUUAUAGGAGGUUCAGGGUCUUGUACUGUAAUGAUUUUGGCCACCAAUACGUCUUCCUCAACUACACUAGCUUUUGCAAACAACACAGGAUCAUCUGAUACACUGUCAUCACCAGGUGUAGGACAUUCAGCUUCGACUUCUUGUGUUUCAACAGCUUCAGCAACUAAGAUCUCAUCUACAUAAACGCAUUGAAGUUACCUUUAGUAUUGGUAGGUUUUAGCAAGGGCAGCAGAUGGUGUUCAACUUCACUGAUAAGAGCAAGACAAAUUAUGUAAAUCUCUCAAUUUUUUUACUUGCUACAAAUCAUAUUUUUUCUCUCUUUGAUAACUGCCAGCUGACAACCAUCUGUUGCACAUGUGGUUCAUUAAAGUUUAAAUCACUUUUUAAUCACCCAUUAAUUUUCUAUUAAAAAGUAAUUAACUCAAAAAUUAAUUAUUUUGAUUGUUUGACUUUACUUCUUCUGUUAGCAAUUUACUUAAUCACCAUAUUUUCAGCAAAGAUUUCAAAAAGGAUUUGACUAGUUUAGUUUAUUGUUAAAUCACUGAUUAACAUGUUGUAUGCAGUAGCUUGUCAUUUACUCUAAAAUAACAGUGUUUAGUAAGUUGCUUUGAGAUCAUGAUGGUAUACAAUUUGGAUGGUUGCAUUUCAGAAAAUAUUAGUAACAAUGAGAUUGAGAGUGCAAUAAAAAGAUACAUUAAUGCCCCACUUUGACAGUGCAGUGAUCCCUUAAUUUAAAUUAAGUACAAAAUUACAUAGUGCUUAUAAUUCAACAUUGCUAGCCCUUAGGAAGUUUCUUCUUAACUGCAGAGAUGGAUAUACUAGGGUGUGUGUGGGUACAGGAUGGGGUGUGUAGGGGGUGCACACCCCUUCUAGCCUUGCCAGGGGGGGGGGGAGGUCCAAGGUGGAUGCCAAUUUCCUUAUCAAAUCUUUCUUUUUAUUUGGAAAGACAAUUGCCAAAAGGAAAAUAAAAUGGGAUAGUAACAUGAUUGUGAAAUUGUGAAGCAAGACUCCUGUAGUGAUUACGAACUUGGUCAACAGCACACCCUGGAUCAUGACGAAACCUCGAAGAUCAUCUUCCCUACCAGCUGGAUGCAUCCCUGUUUUACUGUAAGUGGUAUUUAGUCCAAGCAGUGCUUGCAGUGGUGAGGUCAGCCUGCAAAUUUGGUCAUGCUAUGCAAAUCUUACAUCAUUAUCAUUAUUCAUUUCUUUAGAAAAUGAUUGUUUUUACGGUCCAUGAACACAGAAAUAAUGCAUAGCAUGACCAAAUUGUCGGGCUGGAUUCGCCACUGAGUGCUUGAUAAUAAUUUUGAUGUGCAAUCAAUUUAGAAUCACCAUUGCUUGUCUGUUAAGUUAUUCUAAGUGCAUAAAUGUGUAGUACAGGUAGGUUUCACUGUCGUGCAGCAGAUGGUGCUCAACCUGCAUUUAUCAGAGAAAAUAAUGACAUCUAUUUUCAUUAUAUACAAUGGUACUGUAUUCAGCAGUCAGGACAUAGAAUUGAGAGAUGUAGCAUCCUUGCUCGUAUAAAUGUCAUCAUUCCUGCAGUUGGCCACCAUCUACUGUCCUGUAAUGUUUAGUGAAACCCAGCCAUACUGUACAUUACACUACAAUUGUGUGCAAUAUACAGUCCUCUUAUUGGUCCUCACCAGAGAUUUCACAUCCCAAUGUGUCUGGUUUGGUAUUUUCAUUUUGCACUUUUCCAAACAGGGUAAUGUCCUCAACACCUCCCAUGGAAACAUCAGAACCAAUCUCCACAAUAAAACUUUCCUGACUUUCAUCAGUAGAAACAGGCUCUGCAGCAUCUUUCACAAAUAUAGUUUUUCUCGAUCCAAUUGUGUUUUCAAAGGUUAGUAAAUGAGCUUCUUUGAUGUCCUUGUUAAACAAUAAUUCUUCUGCAUUUUGCAUUGGAAAUUGUUCGCUGGUAAUGCCAGAGAUUUUCUGUUCCAGUUCAUUGUUUUUGACUUCCAUCGAUCCAACAUGGAAAACUCGUGAAUUUUCUUCCUCUAUCUUGGUAUCGUCUACCCCAUUCUUCUCAACAUCGAUGUAAUCAACAUCGGAACUAUCGCUGUUUAACUCACAAUGUUUCAUGUCAUGAAUGCCUUCCCAUGACGGCAAAGACUUCCAGUUUUUUGCAAGCUCAUCUUUACAACCAAACUUGUCAUAAUUUUCAUUUUCAUCUAGGGUUCCGACAUUGAUUUUCUCACAAAGUUGUUCAUCACUUUCAACAAUGUCUUCAAAGUACACUUCAUCAAUGCUUGGGCCGAUCACUUUAAACAAAAUAUCACCAGAAUUAUCGACCAGGAUAUCACUGCCUUCAUCAAGGCGUGUCAAAACAUGAGGUUCCUGCAAUGAGCUUUCCGGGCAUUCGUUAACAGCCUCGUUUGCAUCUAACGAGGUGUCUGGGCAUUCGUAAACAUCCCCCGAAGAUAAUUCCUUCACAAUUUGUUCAUGUUUUGGGGAUGUUUUGUGAAAAUUGCUACUGUCUAAUUUUUGUUGAACCAACUUGUUAAUGUCAUAAUCAUUGCAGUGUACUUCAUUUAAGCAUAUUUGAUCCUCUUUGGAUAAGGUUUCUUCUUGUUGGCCAAAAUGUUUAACUUCCACAUUUGUUCCACAAUCCAGUUUUUCAUUUCUUGCCCCCUUUUCAAGAAGCAAUGAAUCCGAUAAUUCAACAUUAUCUUCUGAACGUAAACCAGAUUGUCUGAUUUUAAUGCCCUGUUUUGACAUGAAGCUAUCACAUUCCAAAUCCCUGCUAAGCUGUGAACUGUUAUCAAUAAUUUCAGCUGUUUCUCUUCCUGCAUUUGUCUUGACUAAAGGAAAGCUUGUUUCAUCCUUAAACGAGUCAAAUCUGGGACUCUUUUCUUCAUUGCUUUUCAAUUUAGUAAUUUCUCGUCUAGUUACAGUAAAUGUAUGCUCCUGGGUCUUUUCAACUUGGCUUAAUUUGUAAACAGAAGUACUUGUAAUAUUUGAGUUAUGUGAGGAAUUUCUACUCGUGUUAAUAGACUUUGUAUUUGCAGCCACAUUUUCAAUGACACUGUCCCCAGAAGUUGAGCUCGAUUUAUCAUAGUCUGAACUUUCAUUUAAAGUUUCAUUUUUUAUUUCUUUCAAAUCCGUUUCGGCUUGAUGACUCAAUUCAACGCAAUUGUCUUUUUGCGAAACGCUUGUAAUUUUAUUCGCAUCAUUGAUUGACUCAGUGGGGAUUAUAGUUUCCUGUAUUAUUGUUUCAAAAUUUGUGGGAAAUUCACCCUGUUUCCCUUCAAAAUGUAAUCCAUUUGCUUCAAAAUUUGUAUUUUGUUAUAGUUUAAAAUGUUGUCUACUUUUUCAGUAUUAAUUUGUUCCUUACCUUUGCUGUCUGGGCUUCCUUCGUUUAUAUAAACGCUGGCUAAUGACGCUUGCUCUUCGCUUUGAUCUUCUAAUAGCUCCUCAUCCCCUUCUUCAACUAUUCGUGGUAAUUUCCCUGGAUAUAUAAAUUCUAAAUCAUCUAAACUUGCGCUUUGAAUCGGUAUGCUUUCCACUUCAGCCGUUUUUAAAAACCCUUCGAUGUUUGCGCUUUUAUAUAGUGAAUCGUCAAUCAUCGAGACAUCGUAGUGAAUACGGACCUCUCCAUCGAUAAUUUCAUAACUUCUCUGACGCCGAAAUGUAGGCUUCCUCCCCGAAUCCUUUUUCGCAAUCUCGUUAACCAAUUUCCUUGCAAUGUCUUCAUCGUUUCUACUAUGAUUAUCACCUGAUUUCAGUUCCAAAUCUGUCUCUCUUUGCUUGUUUAACUUUGAGUAUAUAAACCCAGCAAUAACAGCAAGGAAAGACCAUAAGAAUAUCCAAAAAGGCAACGAUAAAUCAUCGCUUUCCUUUUCGGACGCAUCUAUUCGCGUUCCCCCUUGUUCACUAGCCAUAUUUCUCGUUUUGUUUACAUGUACAAUUGCGACUCUUCCAUAAAUGUGGUUUUUAUCGAUGUUUACUUUCAAGUUGCGGUCACAAAUCUUCUCUGAAGCCCCAAAACUUUGAUGGAAUGGCCUUUUAGUUUUUUUAAAAUCACUUCUCCUUCUUGCCCUUAUCAGAUACCUUUGCGAAGAACUGAAAGAAUCGCCGUAUCGCAACAGACGACUGUUCUUUGAUAUCGUUCUCAGUGCAGUAAGAAGCGGCAUGUCUUCACUUCGUCAUGUCAUACUGUGUUUACUUAUUAUUCUGCCAAUCAAAAAUGGCCUCAUCAGUCUUUAAAUUAAUAUUUUAUGAGCGUUUGAUUACAAAAUACGUUUUGAAAAAAAUAGCAACCAGAUAGCAAGAGUCACAAUGCAUUUUAGAGUGCUUUUGGUUAAACGCAGUUGAAAAUGUCAAAUUCAAUAUUCGUAAAAUCACAACACCUAAAACCUGCAAAGGCAUAUCCAUUACAGAAAAAAUAAUAUUUUGUUUUUUAUUUUGGGUAUUAGGUUUCAGCUGUAAGUUAUUAUUAGAAGUGCCAAUUACGUAACUUAAUGUUUUUCUACCGUCUUUUAUCCUAUGCAAAUUCAAUAGCAUUUGCACUGAAUUAAAGUGAUCUGUUAUGAGAGAUCCUACAAUAGGUCAAGUACAGUAUAAAGUGCCAAUUCAUGUUGACAGCUCUAAGCUGCAAAGUGCACUGUCCAGUAGUGGACUAGUGGUCAUUUGAGGUGGUAUUUAUAUGGUACAGUAGGUGUACUGAUUCCAAAGGCCUCUAAACAUGGACCAUCACAUAUUGGUCUAGUGUUACUAGGCUUACUACAGGAGGAAACUGGGGAAUUUGAAGAAAAUCUAGCUGUGUUGACAGUGUUGUACUAUGGUAAAAAUGGAGACAUGCAUUUAUUCUGACAACUUUUUAUUGUAGGAAUAAAAGAUUACAUCCUGUUCUUUGGUAUCGAGUCAUUUCUAUAGUCCAAAAUAAAUUAUAAUACUUCAAAUUUUAAAUAAAUAUCCUGUACAGUAAGUCACGUUCAUUGUCCAUCAUACAAAUUUAUAUUCUUGACCAAGAGUUCCACGCCUUGUGAAUGCUAUAUUUCUUGCAACAAUUCAAACCAAUAUAUUUCAAUCCAACACAGUGAACUAUCAUCUUUUCCAUCAAUUCCAUAAUGCCUAUAUAUGUCUGCCAGGGUUUAGUUUGAUGUAUCUUGACAAUAUUAUAACACAAAUUAUUGUGGCCAAUACAAAUGUAAAAGCGUAUAUUUUAAAUGUGGAUUCGUCUCGAAAAGGAUGAGGCAGCAUUGUGUAUAAAUCCUUCAAAAAAACACCAAAAUUCCACCCAAAAUUCUUGUAAAAUUCAGUAAAAGUAUAAAAAGUUGCCAAAAUCAUGUAAACAAUAGACAAAUAUGGCAGG